AUGAAUUUAUCGAGUUUCAACACUCUUCCCCACACGGCGGCUCCGGCGACGAAGAUACCGGUUUCUGUACGGAGCCAUACGAUGUCGUUUUUCGAGGAUCCAACAAAGAAGAUUAGAAAGCCUUACACAAUCACCAAGUCUAGAGAGAACUGGACGGAGCAAGAACACGACAAGUUUCUUGAAGCUCUCCAUUUAUUUGACAGGGAUUGGAAGAAAAUCGAGGCUUUUGUUGGAUCAAAAACAGUGAUCCAGAUACGAAGUCACGCACAGAAAUACUUUCUCAAGGUUCAGAAGAAUGGGACUAACGAACAUCUCCCUCCUCCUCGACCAAAGAGGAAAGCAACUCAUCCUUAUCCACAAAAGGCUUCUAAAACUGAUGCUUUUACAUCUUCUAACGCAUUGCUUCAACAUGAGUACUUGUACAGCACUGAUUCACAGCCAGAGAUCAGUACUCGUAGCAACGGAUUAAUUCACCCAAAAUCGGUGAUUAAAGAGGAACUGGGAGUAGCAGAGAACUGUUGGAGCACUAGUAGUACUAGAGAUAAGCAGAGGACUCGGACCGAUACAGAGACAAAUGAGCAAGAAAGUUGUGGAAAGCCUUAUAGAGUGAUGCCGAAUUUCGCUGAAGUCUACAGCUUUAUAGGAAGUGUGUUUGAUCCACAGAGAACAGGUCAUGUCCAGAGACUAAAGCAAAUGGAUCCAAUAAAUCUAGAAACGGUUCUUUUAUUGAUGAGAAAUUUGUCUGUAAAUCUGACAAGUCCCGAGUUUGAAGAACAACGGAGGCUAAUAUCAUCAUUUAACGCCAAAUAG